CAUGGAGGGAAAUUUACGCUAUGAAAAACAAUAUAGUGAAUCAGGAAAAGGUAAAUUAUUAGUUGCUCGAUGCUUUAUACCGAAGGGCGCAGAGAUAUUCUCUGAAGAACCAUUAAUCAGCUGUCAAUUCGCCUGGAAUAAACUAUAUAAAUACAAAGCGUGUGAUCAUUGCAUGAAACCUCUAGAGACUGCGGAAGAAAAUGCAAAAAGAUUAACUAAUGAUCCUGAGUUGGCCCUACCGUUUAAAGAACAAUGCUCUGUAACUAAAGAAAGGCAUACACAGUGCCAAAAAUGCCAGGCGGAAUACUGUAGUCAAGAAUGCCAAACACAAGCCUACCAAUUAUAUCAUAGAAUGCUAUGCGACAUGCUGUCCUCUCCCUCUUCUUCGUUAAACAAACUACAAGAAAUUUGGAAAAAUUCUCAUUAUCCUCCGGAAACAUGCAAUAUUUUACUUAUUGCUAGAAUGAUAGCUCGGAUUCGACAAGCUGAAAACCCUAAGCUUAUGUUUCAAGAAUUCCUGUCUUUCGUUCAUGAUACUUCAGAUCAAGAACAGCAGUAUGUUCAUAAAUUACUUGGAAAUCAAUUUUCGGAAAUACAAACUAUGGUUAAUAGCGAAUUAAGAGAGGCCCUUUUUGAUGAAGAUUUAUCAGAGAUAUUUUCAAUUGAAGGUACCCAAAAAUUUUUAUGUCUUAUCGGGAGAAAUGGACAAGGAGUUGGGACAAGUUCUUUUGGAACAUGGGUAAAAAAUGUCGAAGACUUGGAAUUGCCAGAAUCCGAUAAAACAGCCUUAGAUUUACUUAUUGAUCAAAUUUAUGAAAAGAUGAAUGAAGUAAACGGACAUUUUUUAAACUGUGAAGGCUCUGGUUUGUACUCAUUACAUAGCUGUUGCAAUCACAGCUGUACUCCAAAUGCGGAGGUUCAGUUUCCAUAUGGGAAUCAUACUCUACAACUUGUUGCAACUAAGGAUAUUGAGUCUGGAGAAGAAAUUGAAAUUAGCUAUUUAGACGAUUGUCAGCUGCGAAGGAGUAAAGCCACUCGCCAACAGAUCCUGUUAGAAAAUUAUAUGUUCCUUUGUCAAUGCAACAAAUGCACAACCGAUCAAGAUGACGAGACCGAUGAGAGUUCAGAUGAUGAUGAGUCGGAUGAAAAUAUGGAAAAUUAG